AUGCCCUCUCGACACAUUUUAGCACUCGUCGCACCGGCUUGGGGCCAUGCGGGGCCUUACGUCCACCUCACGACUCGAAUGUUGGCCUCAGAUCCAAGUUUGGUGGUAACAAUUGUGCAGCACAAUAACUUCGUCACCAGAAUGCAAAAGGAAUUCGACUCGUGUUCUUAUGAUAAGAGCAGGCUCAAGAUUGAGGGUGUAGGCGAUAAGGACCUCCCAUCUUCACCGGAAAACAUCAAAGAUGCUCUAGAUCAGCUCACGGCUGGGUGGUUUCAACUCCUGGCAGCAGCAGUCGCCGGAGGGUCCAAUUGGCCUCAGCCCAAGACGCUGCAUCUGGACUUCUUUGGAGGAGGUUUGGUCAUCGAGGAAUCCAAGUUAUUGAUCGGACCAGAUGGAAAAGUUCUGCUCUGGUGCUCUACAGGAGUGUCAGCGUGCAUGGAUGACCUCAGCAAACACGACUACGCCAAGAUUGCGCACGAGAUAUACACGGACGAGAGCAGACGAGCGGGAAGAACAAUGGACGAUAUUCUUGGCGACGUCGUGUGCGCCGCAAAUGGCAGCGACAAACUCGAUGGUCGAGUCCUCGAGUCCGUCGGCGGAUUGAGGAUGUACGAUCAUGAGCACGUCGCACAGGGCGCUGGAUCCGCCGGAUCACUGCGCCCGUUCGCUGCUAUGAUGGCAUCUGCACAGAAAUUGACCCAGCAGGUGGACGGCAUUUUUUUCCCGGCAAGCAGCGCUUUGGAGGCCGCCGGGGUUGCAUUCGCUCGCGAGCAUUACAAGAAGCGCGGGCAAGAACUCUUCUUUCUUGGUCCUCAGAUGCACGAUGAUGAGUGGGGAGUGCCAUCAGCAGGUCCUGGCCCCACCGAUGAGAGAGUGAAGGCAUUCUUGGACAAUUCGCGCAAGGAAUAUGGUCCGAAAUCCGUUUUGUACAUCUCUUUCGGUUCUAUAUUCUUCCCCAUGAUGACACCUCAUCUCGUUGAGGUGAUGAUCGACGUGCUGCUAAGUCUCCAGAACGUUGUUCCUUUUGUGUUUGUCCUUGGUGGAGGGAUGGCUUCCUUGCCAGAAGCGACCAUCGAUCGCAUUCACGCGAGUGGGAGGGGAAUUGUAUGCGCCCAUUGGGUUGAUCAGAAAGCCAUCUUGAAAGGAGGCGUAGUCGGAUGGUUUUUGACUCACGGCGGCUACAACUCGACGACGGAAGCGCUGAGUCAAGGAAUUCCACUGAUCUUCUGGCCUAUCGGAGCAGAGCAAGCGUACAAUGCAGCGUUACUUUCUACAGGCCCACGUCCCAUCGGGAUCGAACUUUUCCAGAUUAGAGCUGGUAGUCAAAUGGGUCCUUCGCUUCGCCCGGAAGCACCGAAAAUCACAGGAACAGUCCAGGACGCCAAGAUUGAAUUCCAGCAGGCAUUUAGGGAUAUCAAAGGAUUGAGGGGUGAAACCCUUGGAAGGAACGCUCUCCGUAUCGCAGAAUUGUGGCAUGAGGAGAGAAUCAACGGAGAAGCUGUCCAGGAGAUCGAGAGACUGACUAGAUUCUGA